AUGACUCAAAUCGUUGCUGCUAUAACUCUACUUUUUGUUACCUGUUCGGCUUCAAAACUUUUUUGUCGUCGAAAUUCAUGUUAUCGGCUAGAACUUGCAAUGCUUUCUUUCGAUGACGCGGAAAAGGCGUGUAGAUUAAAGGAUGGACAUCUCGCCUAUGUUCCCGAUCGAGAAACCAAUGAUUUUCUCGUGAAUGCUUUUGGCAGUGAAAUCGGUGGACGAGUGUGGAUCGGCUUGAAAUUCAACGCGAAUUACGAGAAAUGGCAAUGGACCAAUGGAAAACCGGCCGGCUAUCAUCAUGCCGAUAAUAUUCCCUUUCACUCUUAUCAAGUCGCCAUUACGAUUGUAAAUUCGGGUCAAUGGGUCGAGGAAAGUCUUGGCAAUUCACACGCGAGAAUCUGUGAAUUCCCCCACGCAAGAGAUGAGAUUUUCGAGCGCAUUCACACAGAACUCUACGCAAAUGUCACCAAUGAGCUUGUCUCGAGAAUGAACAAAUCUGAAACUGAAAAAAGAUUUAUUUUACAAGUGGCAAACGAUACGAUGCACAGUUUGAUGUUCAUCUCGGAUAUCCUCAACACAAUGGAGAGCAAUCUUACCGAUGCAAGAGAGGAUAUCGAUCUUUUAUUGGAUCAACUCCUCGAAGCGAAUACCGUACUCGCGGGAAAUCAUCGAGAGCUCAUUCAAGCUGACAAUUUCACAAAACAAACAUUUCGUGACUCUUUACAACAAUUUGUUAUCGAAUUUCAACGAGAAGAGAGCUCAACCCGGACACAAUUCCUUUUCACCAGUUUCCUCAUUUUGACAUCUUUAACAGGUUUUCUGGCAUUUGUAGCGUAUCGGAAAAAUUGGAUUCAAAUGGGCAAAGUGUCUUCAAUUUUUAAAUUGCCGAAAUUUCGUUCGAAUUCGAAUAACGACAACAAUCCGAUCGUAAAUCAAAGUUAUGUGGAGAAUGUG